AUGAAUAAUAAAUGUGAGUUAAUUAUCUAAGAGAAUGGACUAGAAAUAGAAAGAAGUCUUGAUCAUUCAAUCAUAAGAAGUCCUCAAGCUGAACAAUUAAUAAGUUCAUCAAAUAAAUAAACUUUGUUGAAAUUCGAUAGUUCAUUUGCUUAAGAGUCAUUUCAAAAAAGAAAGGACUCAUUGUCGUCUUAGAAUCUAACAGAUAAGAAUUAAAUGAUUACUACAAUAGCUAGAUAAAAACAAUUUUCCAAAUUGCUAAUAUAUUGCCAUUCUAUGAAAUUUGCCAAUAGACUGAUUUCACUCAUAAAACCAUGCUCGAAGUUUUCUAUUGAAUAAUUUAAUAUGAUUAAUGAUAAGGCAUCGUUUUUUAAUAAUAACUUAUAAACUAAAAAAUAAACUACUAAACAUUUUGUUUAACAAAAUUUAAGAGCUAUUGAUUUUUAAUUUAGAUGGCGUUUAUAAUUAAGAAAGUUUAAAAAAAGAUUAUUUGAAUAUUUUCACUAUCAGUAUUAAUAAAUACCAUUAAUUGAACCUGAGAGUCAGAAGCUUUUUAUUUGGGAUAUUUUAUUGAAUGUAAUCAGAAUCUAUUUGAUUAUUUCGAUUCCAAUUAUUAUGGUAUUUUAAAAUCAGCAAUUGGAAUUUAAAAACCGAAUAAUGAUUCUAUUUUCAAGUGUUCUACUUUUGAUGGAUCUAUUUCUAAGGUGUAUUACUAUUGUAUAUGAUAAAGGAUAUCCUGUUGAUAACCGCUAUCUUUUAAUUAAAAGACAGAUAAAGUUGAGCAACUUGUUUGAAGUUUGUAGCAUUGUUAUUGGAAUAUAUUUGUCAAUAAUUUUUAGUGAUCCUGCAUUUAAUUCCUCAAUUUUGGAUCAAAAUGGUUGGAUUAAAUUACUCUUAAUAUUAUUUUUGAUUCAAAUCAAGAAUGUAGUCAAAUUUAUGAACAAUAUCUAAUAUUAUUAUAAGCCAAAUAAGGAAAUGUCAUCUGUGAUAGACCUGAUAAAAUUAGUAGGUUUAAUCUUGCUAAUAUAACAUUUAUGUUCAUGUGUAUGGUAUAGAUAAUAAUGUUAUUAGGUUGAUCAUUGGGAUUAAUUAAAUAUCACAACAUCACUAAACUUGGAUUUAUAAGGUUUACCUUGAAAAUUGGGAUGUUCAAUAUUUGGAAGCAUUCUAUUUUAUGAGUGUAACAAUGUUUACUGUUGGAUAUGGUGAUAUUAAUCCCUAAAAUUCAUUAGAGAAAGUGUUUUGUAUUUGCUAUAUGUUUCUCUCUACUUUAUAAUUAUCUUAUUCAGUAAAUACCAUAGGAGCCAUUCUUACGUUACUAAAAGAGAAGAAUGAGAUAUUCAGAUAGAAGAUGACAUGCAUGAAUGAAUUUUUAAAGGAUAAGAAUAUAAGCUAGUAAUUGCAGUAUAAGUAGACUUGCAAUAUAUUUUAGGAUUCGAGAGUUCUGCACUUUCUAUUGGGAAUAAGAUAUAAUAUAAAAGAAAAAUGAAUAGCAAUUAUUAAUUAAGGAGUUGCCUGACGAAUUAUAAUAUUAGCUCAAAUUAGAAUAGGCUAGAUAACUUGUCAAUAAGUGCUCAUUUUUUAAGUAACAUUUUGCAAAAUCUACCAUUUAAUACAUCAUUUAAAGAGUUCAAUUUACCUCCUUCUAACCAGGAACAAUCAUUUAAAUUACUCCCUCUAACAAUGGUGUAUUUGUGAUUGAGAGAGGGAAUAUAGAAGUACUAUAAAAUAAAGUAUUAUGCUAUUUUUAUAUAGACCAAAAUUUCUGACUUAAAGGACUUUGAUCAAUUUGGAUUUUAAGAAUAUAUUAAUAAUCAAUAUAAUCUUGAUAUUACUUAUUAAACAACUACAUAUACAAGUGUUUUAUGUAUCCCUUAUUAAAUUUUAACCAAUGCCAUUAAAAAAAGCAAGAGUGAUUUUGAAAAGAUUUAGAUCAAGAAAUAGAUAACUAAAUUUCAUUAUUGCUAUAUAUGCAAAAGCACAAAGCAUUCUUUCGAAUCAUGCAAAUUAGUACAUUAUGUGGCUGACAAAGAGAAAUCAAUUAAAACCUAUUUACUGGUUGAUAAUCAACCCAGAUUUAAAGUUAAAAGAUCAAAUAGAUUAUAAAAAUUUCGAAUCAUGACUGAAUUAGAGAGUCUAGAAACAUCUUGCAAAUUAAUCUAAUAGGAAUUUGAAAAGGAAAUUGAACAAUAUUUCCCAGAACUCACCUAUGAAGCAUUAAUUAAGCCCUUAAACUCUAGCCAAAAAAUAUUUGAGUCUCCAAAGGAUAAUGAAGUUUAUCGGCCAUAAAAAUAAAAUUAUUUACUUGAAACUAUAAAAACUAGCUAAGGUAGAACUUAUGAUAAAUUCUGCAAUAAUCUCUCAUUAACUUUUCGUAAUAAUCAAGAUAUCUCGCCAUUUAUCAAAGAACCAGAUAUUUUAAAGGACCUUCAAUUAAAAAUGAUCAAUAUCCAAAAAUACCCUUAAAAAUAAUAAAUAGAAUUAUUCAUCUUAUACAAAACUCUUGAAAACUAGAGUUAAGCUGAUUUAGAAAUAGUAAAUUUUGAGAUCGUUAAGAAAUUCAGAAAAUUUGACAGGUUUUGGAAUAUUAGUAAUGUUAUUGAAUAAUUAAAUUGCAAAUAUGAACAUUCAAGACUAUAUUUAGAUAUUAUAAAAAGACUUAGCAAAUAUUUACUGUUCCCUCUUGACUUUAUUAAUCUUUUUAAAAGAGAUUUACUGAAACAAAGAGCUGAAAGUUAUCAAAAUAGAAAAAUUAAAGAUUCUGAUGAUGAAAAAAGUGAUAACAAAAUAAUAAGUAAUCAUUCAACUUAUUUUUAGGUCCAUUUAGAAAAUUUGAAAGAAGGAAAGCUCUAAUUUAUCCAAAAUCUCUUACUUUUAAAUGA